AUGAAAGAAAUUCCUGGUUUAAGUGGAGUUGAAGCUGGAAGAAUUGGGGAUUAUUAUUAUUAUGGUAUUGAAAAGGCUCCUGCAUUAGAUAAAGCUGUCGAGUGGUAUUUAAUCGCUACAUCAUCAAAUCAUCCAAAUGGUUGGUUUAAAUUAGGAAUAAUAAAACAAUAUCUUGACAAUGAUAAUAGAUAUAACUUAAGUUCUCCUGACUAUUAUUAUAAUCAUUUAAUGAAUGUAGUUGGUUAUCAUACUAUAGGUUAUAUUCUACAUCUUAAUUAUGUCUUAGAAUUUAAAUUAUUACAAUACCAACCUUUUAUUAUCGCUUUCUUUGUUAUUACUUCAUUUCUCUUUUUAUUCAAAAAGUUUUUUAUUCCAAAUGAUGUUAUUAACACUCAUGAUGAAACUGAUUAA